AUGGCCGACCAGCACCAGGACAACGAGCGCAGGGUUUCGAUGCGAGAGCAAUUUAGACUGCAAGAAGAGCUGGAGGCGGCCAAGGAAAAGCUCGAGAAGCAGGACAAGAAACUGGAAGACCUGAAGGCGAUGCUCGAGGACUCGCAGGCGCACAACCGGAACCUGGCGGUGGAGCGGAAUAUUGCUCGCUGCGACAUGGACCACGCCACCUACGAGAGAAACCGGGAGCUUCGAAAAGCCUGCUUUGAAUUACUGAUGACGGACCGGGUGCCCGAGGGGUGGCCGGGCACCCGGAAAUGGGAGGAGGACAACCGCAAGAAAUGCGCUGGCGAAAAUGUCCCCGACUUCUGUGAUGGUUCAGAUUUAAGGAAAAUCAUGAGAGAUAUGGAUCUGCCAUACCGUCUUGAUCUCCAUAUCAUCGCUGCUGUCGCCUCGGCCAUUUAUCUGCUUUUUACGAUCAUGUCCCUGGUUGGGGCCUGUAAGAAGAAGGGAUCUUUGUUGAUUCCUACUUUACUUGUCGGGAUAGUCGAAAUCUUCAUCGGAUCGUUCGUGCUGCUCUACGUGGUGGUUUGCCUUGAGAAACCGGAAAUAGACCGCGCGCAGAUACAGUACCUGCGGCAAAUGCGGAUGGAAGACAACCUUUACGAGGCCAAGUCAGCGCUGAUUCUGGUGAUUUUGCUGCCUACGGUAUUCGAGCUAAUUCGCGUUAUUCUGGCCCUAUUCCUGUAUUUUGAAUCGAAGUUCGCAGCCAAGAAGUCGAGCCCGACCCCGACUUCGGUCCCUCUCGCCGCCACCAGCGAGAUUUCUCUCUAUCCUGAAUAUGCUGCUUACACCAACUAUCCCGCCCAACAGCAAUAU